GUUAGUCUGUUUGUUUGUUGCCAAGUAACAAGAGCACAAAUGCCAAACUCGUGUAAUCCACGAAUGCUCAGAAUUUUUCUCGAGUUUAUAUUCUGUCUGCUUUUUGUUUUGUUAUCAGUUCGUUGUCAUUAGGUGAAUACAAUCGUGUGCGCGUUCCCGAGCUUUAAAAAUUUUUUCAUUCCUUCGUAAAUUUACUUAAACAGUUCGGUGAAUUUGAAUGAAUUCGUUUUAGCGUUGACUUUAAAAGUGUGUUGCGAUGGAAGAUUCCAUAAAUGAAAAAUUGUUGGAAAAAUUGAAGCUGUAUUCAAAUUUUAAUAGCGACAGUACCGAAACAUUAAGAACAGUCACUGCCAGACUACAUAGUAGGACAACUUCUCAUGACAAACAAAUACGUGAAAAGACUUUGUUUCAAAUUAGGAAAAAGAAAGAUAAUGUUUUGCAAACAUUUUUAUCCUUAUUAGAGAGUGUUGAUGAUCAUGCAUCGAUGUCUAAUAUUGCUGGGAUUGUUCGAGAGUGUAUUUCUCCGAAAGCUGGUAUUGCUAGGUUUAGCGUUCUUAGACAGUUGAUCGAGCUGAACGGAUCUCAUACUUUCAUUAAAUUGCUCAUACAGCUCCACGUGAAUGAUACUCAUAUAGCGGAUCCAUUUUUACAUGAGCUUAUAUGGAUAUUGGGACAACUUUCUCAGAAAGAUCCGAAAUUCUCCGGAAAAAUACGUCAAUUAAAUGCACUGCCAGCUUUUCAUUUUUAUUUGAAACUUUUUUAUCAACAUAAUAGCAAAUUAGUGAUUCCGCUGUUGAUGGUGAUUAAAUCAGUAGCCAAAAAUAAUAAUUUACUAACGAUCCUAAUUAAAGAUGGAAUAACGGCGACCAUGGAGAAAAUAAUUUUCGGCAUCAAUGUUAAUCCGUCAACAAAAUUGAAACUUUUAUUAAAUAUAUUCUCUUAUCUGAGUAAAAAUGGUCAUUUUUGUAGUCGAAUUAUCAAAGCUGGCGUUGUUCCUGUAUUUUUGAAGAUCUUUUCCAGAUGGGAGAAAUAUGAUGGGAAAACGAGAUUAAAAAUAUGUAACGAUACAAUCGUCACUCUUCAACACAUUUGUUCAUCUAAACAAGGCCGUAGUGCGGUUAGACGAGAAAAUGGAUUCACACCUUUGUAUAAAUUUUGUCUUUCGUGUCCCGAAGAUAAAAUAUACGAUAGAUUACUAACCAAAGUGUGCGCAAUUAUUAACGUUUGCCUGCAGAAAAAGGAGUUGCCACUUUGUUCACCUAUGAGUCCGGCCCAGUUUCCGUUGCCUAUUGAUGUGAAGAAAGAUCAUUACGAAUUGGAUUCUGACGAUAGUGAUGACGAAGAUGAUUCGGAAAAUGACGAAGACAGUAAUAACGAUAGCGGCGAAGGUGAAGUUAGCCUCAAAAGCCGAACAGAUAUGUUGAAAAAUGAUCCAGAACCGCCGCCAGUUCCUACAACAAUCUAUAGAAAUGCUUCGGAUUUAGAAAUAUAUCGUAAAAUGUUCUCGGAAUACUAUUUCUUUUUUUAUAACGGAAAAUGUGACGCUGACGUGACUUUGUCAAUUACUGAUAACAUUGAUGUAUUCAAUAACAACGAUUCCGAAACGAAUUUAAAAUUCGAUCAGAAUUCUAAUGUUGAUCGAUAUGAAAAUAUUGCAAAUGAAUUCGUUAAAAGGAAUUGCGGAAUUUCCAUCUUGAAUGAGCUGGAAAAUUGUGGCAUGUCUCAGAGAACAGCCUACUGCAAAAUCGCUUCGAAAAUCCGAAGUAUUUUGCCUUUCAUCAAAGUAGCUUAUCCUGAUGUAAUGGGUGGCGAUGGUAUUGGAAUUUUACAACCACUUUACGUCAAGGAUCGUAAAAUUUGUAGAAGUGAUCAAACAUUGUACGCUUCCAUCGAUGCUUUAAAUGUUCAUAAUUACUCGAAUCGAUAUUUGAAGCGAUUCUUCCAGAAAAGGUCCAAAUUGGUAACUGGGAUUGAUCAUCAUGUUUCCGCUGAACGUAUUUAUAAUAACGUUAUUUAUGAUUUGGAUAAAUUACUGUGUUCGCAAGCAAGUAAAAAUCUUCCAAAAAAGUUAACUAAUACUGAUGAAACUCGAAUUGGCGUUAAAGAAUUUUCAUCGUCGACUUUAAUGUUUGAGUCCAGAUUUGAAAGUGGAAAUUUGCGAAAAGCUAUUCAAACUGGACCCAGAGAAUAUGAUCUCAUAUUAACUCCAGAUGUAAAUUCUAGUCAUCAUUGCCAAUGGUUCUACUUCGAGAUAUCAAAUAUGGAUAACAUGGCUCCGUACACGUUCAACAUUGUAAAUUGUGAAAAAACAAAUUCGCAGUUCAAUUACGGAAUGAAACCUUUGAUGUAUUCGGUUCGAGAAUCGACUUUAGGACGACCUGGAUGGUUUAGAACUGGCUCCGAUAUUUGUUACUAUCGAAACGGAUAUAAAAUUCCUCAUUGUAACAAAAAAACAUUCCUCACUGCCUCCUUCAGUAUUAAAUUUCCUCAUUCGUUGGAUGUCUGUUAUAUCGCUUACACAUUCCCGUAUACUUAUUCUCAAUUAUUGACUCGAAUGAAGAAAUGGAUCUCAAAUGCGGAAAAAGACGAUAUUUAUUUACGCGUUGAUAAUUUAUGCAACAGUUUAAACAACAAUCCAGUUCCUUUAUUAACAAUCACCGCUCCUGAUAGUCAAGAUAAUAGAACUACGGAUCGUGAAAUAGCUUUUUUGACGAGUAGAAUUCAUCCUGGUGAAGCCAACUCCUCUUGGGUGAUCGAUGGUGUGAUUUCCUAUCUAUUAAGUUCGUCCUCAAAUGCAGAAAAGUUACGAAAUCAGUUCGUAUUCAAAAUAGUUCCUAUGUUGAACGUCGAAGGCGUCCUGAACGGAUGCCACAGAUGCGGUCUGACCGAUGAAGAUCUAAAUAGGAAAUGGAGUCUUCCAAAUCCACAGCUGCAUCCAUCCAUAUAUCAUACGAAAGGGUUGCUGGAAUACUGCACGAAAGUAUUACGCAAAAGUCCUUAUAUUUUUUGCGAUUUUCACGGACAUUCGAGAAAAAAGAACGUAUUCUUGUUCGGCUGCAGCAAUCAAGAAAGUUGGUUAGAAUCUGACAGGAAUUUACCGAAUGUAGGCAUCGAACAUUUGCUUUUGCCACAUUUAAUGGAAAAUUGUUCUCCGGCAUUUUCAUCCGAAUUAUGCAACUAUCGGGUGGAAAGAAGUCGAGAAUCUACGGCCAGAGUUACCGUUUGGAGAGAAUUCGGUGUAAGGCGAAGUUAUACUAUGGAAACGAGCUAUUGUGGUUGCGAUCAAGGCCCUUAUAAAGGCUUCCAUUUAGACACGAUUCAUUUGCAAGAGAUUGGUAGUAAUUUUUGUACCGCGUUAGCGUGUUUGUACGAUGAUAGAAAAUGGCGUAUCGAAAUGCUUCUGUCUAAACAGGAUGGUAACAGAUACAUAUACAGUUCUUCACAUCAAUACAGUUCUAAUUAUAUGCAAACUAGAUUUGUUUCAGGCUUGAGCAUUCACUCGCAAUCAAAAAUAAUUCAUCCAGUUUCUCCAGUUUGGAGUUUACGGAAGACAGCGAUCAAUCAAAAGAAAAUUACUACAGUUCAAACAAUGAUUAAAACGAAUGCUUUUCAAAUAUAAACGCAAAUAUUUAUUUAAAAUUAUUCAUCACUAGUCAUAUUAGUUACGAAGAAAUUAUAUCUUAAUGAAAUAAACUUUAAAUUAUGCAUA